UCUUUUUAUGUCCACCGCUCAUUCGAGUGAAGCGUUUGAAAUGCUUCCACAGGACCAAACCCCCGUACCGAGCGCAGUAACCGCCCUCAGCGCAAUUGCCCCGAAUAAUCGCCCGCCCACCACCGAGUACACGCGACUGAACAAUGAUGACGCUUCCGAGAUGCCCGAAAAGCCCAAUGCCUCGCGCCAAUACACCUUCGGCCUGGUGUUUCUGCGGCGCCUUUACCACCUUUUCCGCGUGAUGCUGUCGAAGCAGUCUCCAGAGCGCAUUGGCCUGUGCUGCGUCGGCCUGGUAAUUGGAAAGCUUCUGGCCGAAGUUGUGUUUUAUUUCUCCGGCUCCCUGCCGUCGCACUUCUACAAAGUCCUGGGAGACAAGGAUCAGAAAGCGUUCUACCCGCUACUAUUGGAGUGCAUCGGGAUCGUGGUUCUGUCGGGCACCGCCAAAGCCUCAUUGUUGUUUGUCAAUGGCAUAUUGGGCGUGAUGAUGCGCAAUGCGCUGACGCAGUUUACGCACGAGCAGUAUGUAAAGGCACAGAGCUUCUAUGCGCUGGUGAGCCAGGGCCAGAUCGACAAUCCCGACCAGCGCAUCUCCCAGGACAUCGAGAAGCUGUCGGCGAACCUGGCCGAGGUUCUGUCCGAGCUCCUGAUCGCGCCCUUCCUGGUUCUCUACUACACCUACAAGUGCUUUGCCAUAUCGGGCGUAUUUGGCCCGCUUUCCGUCUACCUGUACUUUAUUCUGGGCGCUCUGAACGUCUAUGUACAGGAGAAGGAGGAGGGGAAUUUCCGCUUCCAGCAGGUCAGGAUUCGCGAGUUCGCCGAGUCCAUUGCUUUCUAUGGCGGCGAGGAGACCGAGCGCGAGAUUGCAGACAAGGCCUUGCUUCAGGUGGUGGGUGCGCAGCGGCGUUUGGUGCGCAGCCAGUUCUGGGUCAACUUUGUCACCCAGCUGUUCUCGUAUCUGGGCGCCACCGUCUCGUACAUAAUCAUUGCCAUUCCGAUCUUCCUGGGUGCCUAUGGCGACAAAUCCGGCACUGAGCUCAGCAGCAUUAUCAGCAUGAACGCAUUCGUUUCGCUCUACCUGAUCUACCGCUUCACGCUCGUCAUCGAACAGGCCAAAAAGCUGACCGAUGUCGCUGGAUUCACCGCGCGUAUUGUGCAAAUGUGGGAGGAGCUCGACAGCAUUGCCAGCAAUGAAGGCGGCAUUUGUGCGGCCCAGGGCGAUGCCCAAUCGGGGAUCCAGGCUGUUGGCCUGGACGUCACUACCCCGAAGGGCCUGCCUCUGGUGGCCAAUCUGUCGGUUGCGGUGGCCCCGCGCGAUUCCCUGGUAAUCACCGGCGCUAACGGCGUCGGUAAGACAUCGGUUCUGCGUACACUCUGCGGGCUGUGGCCGCCAUCCGCCGGCACAAUCACCCUGCCGUACACAAACAACGCCCUGGACGUGUUCUUUUUACCGCAGACCCCCUACAUAGUCGCCGGUAGCCUGCGCGAGCAACUGACAUAUCCGGGCGCCUGGGGCAAUUCCCUGCGUGUGUGCUCCGACCAGGACCUGGCUAACUUGCUCGAGCUGGUUGGCUUGGCACACCUGCGCCUAUUGCCGCAUGAUGAGCCGCAUUCCGUGCAGUUCUGGCUCGGCACCCUGUCGCCGGGCGAGCAGCAGCGCGUGUCUAUUGCAAGGGUGCUGUUCUGGCGUCCCAGAUUUGCCGUACUGGAUGAGUGCACGAGCUCGUUAGAUCCUGGUGCCGAGGCGUCGCUCUACCAGGCCAUGGUGGAUUUGGAUAUCACCCUGGUGUCUGUUAGCCACCGUGAAGGCCUGUACCGUUUCCAUCGCCGUCGGCUGGAUCUGACUCGCGACGGAUACACUAUCACCGAUAUAUAAUCCUUUCAUAAAUGCUUUUCAACUAUGUAAAAUCCGUGUUUUAG